GCGAUUUAAAACCAACUCUGGAGACGCGGAGGACAAGAUGGGACCUCCCUGGCUCGGGACCCGUGAAUGCGACCACAGCACCUCCUCACCCUCAGAGCACGUGUUCUCCAUGGCCCUGCCCAGGAAGGCCCCUCUCAAUACUCCUGGCACCCCAGUCCUUGAAGACUUUCCUCAGAAUGACGACGAGAAGGAGCGGCUGCAGCGGAGGCGCUCCAGGGUCUUUGACCUGCAGUUCAGCACAGACUCGCCUCAUUUGCUGGCCUCCCCCUCCAGUAGGAAUGUUGAUGUUUCAGCUACGAUUCCUAAGUUUACAAACACGCAGAUUACUGAGCAUUACUCCACCUGUAUCAAACUGUCUGCUGAAAACAAAAUCACCACCAAGAAUGCUUUUGGCUUGCACUUGAUUGAUUUCAUGUCAGAGAUUCUUAAACAGAAAGAUGCCGAACCGACCAACUUUAAAGUGGCUGCUGGCACUCUGGAUGCCAGCACCAAGAUCUAUGCUGUGCGCGUAGAUGCCGUCCAUGCUGAUGUAUACAGAGUCCUUGGUGGGCUGGGCAAGGAUGCACCAUCUCCGGAAGAAGAAGAGGGCCAUGGUGCAGAUGGAAGUGCAACCGAAACAGGAACAACCAAGAAGGCUCCAAAGCCAAGGAAGAAGCACUUGUACAAAACCAUCGAGCCGAAUAUAAACAACCUCAACGUCUCCGAAGCAGAUCGAAAGUGUGAGAUUGAUCCCAUGUUCCAGAAGACAGCAGCCUCGUUUGAUGAGUGCAGUACAGCAGGGGUGUUUCUCUCCACCCUCCACUGCCACGACUAUAGAAGUGAGCUGCUCUUUCCCUCCGAUGUCCAGACUCUCUCCACUGGAGAACCUCUUGACUUGCCGGAUUUAGGUUGGGUGGAAAUGACCGAUUUAAAAGCACCCCUGCAGCAGUGUGUGGAAGACCGUCAGAUCUGCCCUUCCCUGGCGGGGUUCCAGUUCACUAAAUGGGACAGUGAAACACAUAAUGAGUCGGUGUCGGCCCUGGUGGACAAGUUUAAGAAGAACGAUCAGGUGUUUGACAUCAAUGCCGAGGUGGAGGAGAGCGACUGCGGGGACUUCCGUAUUGGGGCCUUGGAGGACGACUUUGAUGCCAAUGAUGAACCGGACUACACCGCAGUUGGGGACCACACCGCAGCUGGGGAUCACACCAAGUUCGGGAGCUGGAAGGAGCCCUGCCAUGUUCAGAGCUUCCAAGAAGAAAUGACUCCCCUCGGGGAUGGAGACGUUUGGAGCUUGUGUCCCCUUCUAUCCAUGAAACCUGGAGAGUAUUCCUACUUUAGCCCCCGAACCAUGUCGAUGUGGGCUGGCCCGGAGCACUGGCGCUUUAGACUCCGGCACAAACAAGAUACUACCUCGCACUCAGAGAACAGAAAGAAGACCACAAAGAAGGAUUUUGAAAUCGACUUUGACGAUGAUAUUGACUUUGAUGUAUAUUUUCGAAAAACAAAGGCUGCUACUGUUCUGACCAAGUCCACUUUGGAGAACCAGAAUUGGAGAGCCACAACUCUUCCUACAGAUUUCCACUAUGAGACUGAAAAUCUUGUCCAGCUGCAUCUCAAACCAGGCACCAGGUUACUUAAGAUGGCCCAAGGCCAGAGGGCAGGGACCGAGCAUUGUGAAGAAAUUGACGACUAUGAUUACAACAACCCUAAUGACACCUCCAACUUCUGCCCUGGAUCACAGGCUGCUGACAGUGACUAUGAAGAGUCAGAUGACUUAUUUGUGGGACCAGUUGGGACCUUUGACCAUUCUGGCCAUCCACCUACGACAACACAAGACAACGAUGACGCGCCUGAAGUCCAAGGAUUAGAUAUCACCACUUACGGGGAGUCAAAUCUGGUAGCUGAGCCCCAGAAGGUAAAUAAAAUUGAAAUUCAGUAUGCUAAGGCUGCCAAAAAGAUGGACAUGAAGAAGUUGAAGCAGAGCAUGUGGAGUUUGCUGAUGGAGAUCCCCAAGCAGGCGGAUGCAGAGGCAAACCACAGAGAAAAUGGAGAAGCAGGGGACCCAGUACAGGUGGCUGACAAGAAGCUCAGUGGGCUCACAAAGGACCUGCAGAAGAGCCUGCCUCCCCUUAUGGCUCAGAACCUCUCCAUACCUCUGGCCUUUGCAUGUCUGCUACAUUUAGCCAAUGAAAAGAAUCUAAAGCUGGAAGGAACUGAGGACCUUUCCGAUGUUCUGGUGCGGCAGGGGGAUUGAGUCCGUGGGGAGAGAAGCCCGUGCUUCCUCAGUGGCCAGGAUGCCUGCACUUGGUGCUUCAGUGCCGUGGGCUGGUGGCAAGGCUGCAGCUGACUGCGCUGUGUGUCUGCUGCUCUUCCCUUCUCUCCUUCACUGUCUAGGAACCAGCUGCCUGACGCUCUGUCCUUGAUUAAAGUUUUCUGUUCUGUGGUGACCACCUAGGAGGGAGGAGAGAGUCCUUACUAUCCUUGAUUAGGCAACUGUGUCCAUUCUUUGUAUCCAUGUAUAAUAGUUUGUCUCCUAAAUUGCUCUGUUUCCAUACUUUAUUCUUGUAGAAAGGAAUUUCCCAGUAGGCACUUGUCCUUUAACAGCUACCAAAUCCAUGUGUAUAAAAUACAUCACAAAUGUGCUUAUAAAUGUAUAUAUAAUGCUUAAAAAUAAAAUCAU